UUUGAUGGUUCACAAAUCAUACACCCACUCGCAUGAUUAAAAACUCUGGACAAACAUAUCCGUGUAUUUACUACGACUAAGAUACAAUUUAAAUAAAACGUAAACGUUCUCUGUUUACAAUCAUAUUCUCACGAUUAACACUACAGAUACUAUCCUGUCAACAACAGCAACAACAACAAAAAAAACCCCAACAGAAUUCAUAAUGAAAGUAUUGGGAAUUUGUAUUGUAGUUACAUUAGUAUUCAGUGGAAUAAAUUGUGUAAAAAAUAAAAAAGUUAAAUGUUAUCGAUGUACCGAUUGUCCUAAUCCAUUCGAUAAAACUCAAAUAACUGAAUUAGCUAAUUGUAAUUUUUGUCGAACGGUUUACACUUAUCGUGAUGAAGAUAAUUAUAGAAUUGCAAAAGAUUGCGUAGCAAGUUGUGUUCCACAAGAUCGUCGUGGUGGUAAAGCUGGCCUAGUAACUGAAUGUUGUGAUGAAGAUUAUUGUAAUGCAUCACCUAAACAUUUUUCUAUUUCAUUUUUAUUAAUUACCAGUUUUACAAUUUUCAUUAUAUAUGCUAAUAAAUUCAUAUAUUGAACCAAUACCUCUCUCUCUCGCUCUCUCGCUCUCUCUCUUGCUCGCUCGUUCUCUCACUCAUUACACUUAUUUUUAAUUCCCAUUUUCUUUUUAAAUAAAAAAAAGUUUUUUCUCUUGGCUUAAUAGUAUCUAACUCUCGUUUUUUAACCAAUAGGAAUCUAUAGAUGUCAUUGUUGUUUUUGUGUUCUAUUCUUCUUAAUCUAUAUUAUUUCCCAAAAUAUAAAAUGGAUCAAUAAACAAAAGAUCAUUAUAGUUGCUAUGCAUUAUAUCUAUACCUAUCUAUCUAUCUAUAUAUAUAUAUCUAUAUAU